AAAGAAAAAAGUCAAAAAACUAAUACUGUUAUGCUUCCAAAAGAUAUUCUUAAGAGAACUGCUGAUACUGCUGUUGGGGAAGGAAUAAGUCAUAGGCAGCAUGCUUCCAUGAUUAAUAGUAUAAUCGCGAAAUUGGGUGGAAAUGUAGCUGAAUUUAAAUCUUCAACCUCUACAGCAUUACGCGCUGCAGAUAAGGUCAUUCAUGAUGAAUCAAAGAGGAUCAAGGAUGAUUUAAGAAGUUUAAGAAAAAUCAAUAAGAACAUUUUAGUUCAACUCCAUUUUGAUGGAAAAGUAUGUCAUGAAUAUACUGAUGGGAAAAAAUUGGAACAAGAUCGAUUAGCAAUAUUAAUAAACGCUAACAAGGAAACGCACCUGUUGGGAAUUCCACCCAUUUCUUCUGGAACUGGCAAAAAUCAAAAAAAUGCAAUCAGAGAUAUCUUAAAUAGCUUUAACCUUACAGACAAUAAUCAAGCUGUAACAUUUGAUACUAGCAGAAUCAACGCUGGAAAAAAAAAAGGAACUGUAUCUUUACUGGUAAAUGAAGUCUUUCAACGACCAGUUCUAUCUAUUGCAUGCCGACAUCAUGUCAAUGAGCUACACAUAACACAUUUCUGGAAAAAUUAUCAAAGUAGCAUUACUUCUGGACCAGAUAAUCUGCUUUUUAAAACUUUAAAAUCAGCAUGGAAUGAUCUUGACGCAGACAACCAGGUUUUGAGAAGAUUGACUAUUCCAGAGGAAACAUGGCUUGGUCAUCAAAAGCAUGAUAGCAUAACGUUCUGCAGAAAUAUUAUCGCCAGUGGGUCUCUAAAAAAGGUAGCCAAUAACUAGAUAUCUGAAUUUGUAGGUAUCUAUGUAGUAUGUACUUUUAUGUUGAAAUUUUUUCAUAAAUUUUUCUUUUUUAAUUCUAUUAUUCUUUAUUAUACUAAAAUAUAAAUAGGUUUAUUUUAUUAU